UUGGAACAUAAUGGCGAUAAAAGAAAACACACAGUGUUUUCACACAGUGCUGUUCUAGUUCAAUAUGUGUUCUAUGCUAUUUGGUGUAUAUAUAUAGAUUUCGAGCAUUACAUCGUACAGAUGAAAUGACCUUCUCCAACGCAGAUAUUUCAAAAGCAGCAAUUUUUUUUCGCUCGUUUUUCUUUCUUCUUUUUUUUUCUGUCGAUAUAUAAUUAUUUUGCUUCUUUUUGUUUUUGUGUGGUUUUUUAUUCACUUUGAUGUGCCCAUACACAUAUAUCGCGUACGCACAUACACACAUGGCCUAUGCUGUGUGAAUUUGUAAUUUUCAUAUUUUUUUUUUAUUUCUCUUUUGAAAGAAAGAAAAAAAAACUGUUUUGCAUUGUGUGGUGAAUUGAAUUUUCAUUUCCAAUUACUUUAAGAAAAAACACAUAUCGCUUGUGUUAUGAGAAUGGCGGCUCUAUGUAUGUGCUAGGCUAGCCCUGUUGUCUGUGUAUUUUUCUGCUGCUGCUUUUAUUCGUUGCUGAGUGAUUCAUAUUUUUGUUUGGUUUAAUUUACACAUUUCGGUGAGAAAUUGCAUGGCAAAUUAUGAGUAAAAACGGAGCACCACCACCUGCAUAUGGCUUCGUCGCACCACCAUCAGCUCCUCCCAGCUAUGCACAAGCUGUCGGAGGUGUACCACCGUCGAGCCCGUUUGUUCCACAACAAGCAACUACAACUCACAUCGUAACCACGGUUUUGCCAAUUGGAAACCACCCAACACACAUGAUCUGUCCUAGUUGCCAUGCUGAGGUUCAAACACGAACACGACGUGAACCAGGUUUGAUUGCAUACGUAUCCGGUUUUAUCAUUGCUUUAAUGGGAUGCUGGCUUGGAUGUUGUCUCAUCCCGUGCUGCAUUGACGAAUGCAUGGAUGUACAUCAUACAUGUCCAAAUUGCCAUGCAUAUUUAGGACGCUAUCGGCGAUAAAGGAAAAAAAAAUAGCCGCCACAACAAACCAUUUAAAGCUUACCGGGCUUAGAUCGAUGUGUUUCAUUAAAACACAUUUCGCCGAAAUCCAGAACUUUUUUUUCUACAAAAAACAACUUUAAUCGUAAUUCUUCUAUAAAGCAAAAAUUCAGUAUUUGCUCUUUGCAACAACAAAUGAAUGAAACAAAAUAAAUCCAUGUUAAAUUGCACUCUUCAUCCCAAUGAAUUUUAACAAAAAUUGCAUAGAGAUUUAGAUCGAUCAAAAAUACAGAGAAACAUUACUAUGUAUUAGGAUUAUUAUUGUAAUUGUGUAGCGCCGAUCUAAGAGAGAAAAAAAAGAAUUCUUCCUAAACUGAACAACAAAAUAAAUAGCCAUAUGAGGAAAUUUGAAAAAAAAUGAAAAGAAAAAAAAAGGACUUAAAAAUAUAGUGCACGCAUAAAAUGAACAAACAAUGAAUAUAGUUUCUGUGAAUUUGUUCAUCGUUAAAACCAACCAAUGCUCUCGCUCUCUUCAGAACAACUCAAAAAAAUAAGAAUUUUUUCUUAUUUUUAUUUAAAUAUAUUUUUUUUUGUACAUUUUUAUUUCUAAUAUCAACGAAAUGUUCGUCUCUCAUAUAUAGAUGUAUUUUGCUAUGAUGAGUGUUACUGACAAUUUUUUUUUCUUUGAAGUAAGAGCCAUUGGUUUUCCUUUUUUUAUUUUGUUCGAAAAAAAUACAAAUUCUUUCCUUCUUACAAAUAGUGUGCUGAAUAAUUUUUGAAUCAAACGAAAAAUAGGGAGAAAAUCUGUUUUUUUUUGUUAGAAAUGGAAUACCGAGUAAUUAAGUUUAUUCGAAGUUUAUCUUAACAAUACACUAUAUAUAUUAUUAACGAGACACAGCUUGAUGACAGCGAUAACAAUGUAUUUUAUAUAAAUUAAUUUUUAUUUUCUAAUAAUAAUAAAUAAUUCCAAGAAUGUGACAACAGUA